GCCGUACAUUAUGAGGAAGCAUGGUAGUUUGGAAAUGGCGUUGGAUUUUUAUUUUUGCUGUACAAAUUAUGUGGACUGUGGAACAUAACAGCACAAAUACUGAGUCAUAUGAUUUAUAAUGAUUACAAGUUUCUAGAUGAUAAGGGAGCAACAGACACCGCGCUUGGAAGAUAAUCGUGAAAGUUCUCCUUUUCUUUCUUAAUGUAAACAGUUCGUGUGCAUCUCUGAGCACCAAAAUCCAUUUACUAUUAUUACAAAAACGCUCGAAUAGCACACAAGCCUAGCGCUUUGAGGGAUAAGAUAAAAUAGUUCUUGCUGUCGUAAUGGAAAACAAGGAUUGCUGAAGUAAAAUAGCUUUACGUCAGCAGAGCAUACAUCAAAAUGUCUGAAAAUAACGCAAAAACUUUAGUAGCUGAAAAGGAGCCGUAUUAAUAUUUUCUUGCAUCCGCAAGUUACGGUUUUGUGAAUCGUCAUGGAAAGGAACAUGUCUAAUGCUUAGUCAUGGCUGAAGGUGGAGAAGAAUGUGAAUUGCAGCAACUUGUGCCUCCUGAUGAUGACAGCCGUUUACAAACUAAAUCAGGAGAAGUUACUCCACCUGUUACCCCUGGAAUCAGCAAAGUCACUCAGACAUCUCCCACAUCGCCAGUGAGCAAUAAGGUUUCAUCAGGGGGAGGCAGCAUCCACGGCUCAGCGACGUCACGUACACUAAAUAGGACAGCAACUGCUCCUUCGAUAGGAAAUACCCCUUUAACAGGAACUGUUGCUGGCAGCCAGCCUUUGCGCUUGCUGUUUAUCAAUGAGAAGCUUAGCCAUGAGAAGCUAAGCCGUGGUCCAUCAUUGUCAGACGCAGGCAGUGCUCGUCAGUCAAGAGAUGCACGCCUAAAUCCUGCUGCAGCACGUCUGCACAACACAAAAAGAGUGGUGAAUUUGCGUCGCUCGUGUCAACACCACUCUUUUCUCUCAGAUGUCACAGAUGUGAGGUGUAUGGAAACUGCUCUGCUUCACCUCCUUGAAGAUUUCCACUCAGGGAAGCUUCGAGCAUUUGGAAAGGACUGUAGCAUGGAGCAGAUGACAGGCAUCAGGGAACAACAGGAACAACUUGCCCGUUUACAUUUUGAUUUAGGUGCACAGCAAGAACUUUUCCAACCACUAAGUGAUGAGGGACUACGCGCUGGACAGGAAAAUAUGCAACGUCUUAUGGACAGACUAGAGCAGCUUAGCAUUUCAAUUGAGAGGCUACAUUCGUUUUCAAGUGAUAGCCAUGAUAGCUGUUUGUUACAGGAUUAACAUACAGUAAGAACUGUCUAUGCAAUUGUGUGCGCCAUUAUCUUUGGCUGAUCAUUUUGAUUUCCAUACAUAAUUUGAUGGAAAAGUAUUUUGUGUAUUUUGUAAAUAAUUCUGUUUACUUUGUUAUUGUUUGUAUAUGAAAGAAACUGACAAUGAGAUGUAUAAAUCCUCUGUUAGGUAAUUAUUUUCAGCCCUGUUAUUCCUGUUCCAAUUUUAGCGUGGUUGAUGUACUUUGCAUUCACUCUGCACAGACAGGAUAACAGCAGAGAACUGUUUUUACACAUUUCAAGAUAAUUAAAAAUAUUUCAAAUCUAUUUUAAAACUUUAACCAAAGUGUAUUGAUGACUCAACACUUAUGCUUUUCAGUCUCCUUUAAUCCAAAGGUCAUUAUAAUUAUUUUACAUAUUUGGCAGGAAAUGUGAUCAAAAUAUGUGGGUCAAUAUUUCAACAGACUUUGCUUUGUUACUUUGAAAUUAGUGUGAGUAUGGAUGUAUCUGCAGGUCACAUCUCAGCAGCUGUCGAAUGAAUACUCUUACUUGUAAUUUACUCUAAGUGUGCUAGUCUCUAUGUUUGUUUCCACCUACAUUUGUUACUGAGUAGCAUCUCUGAUCUUUUCGUUUUGGCCAGAAUUCAUUUUGCUAUUUAUGCCAUUACUGUCGUACUCUAAUCCUGUAAAUUUGUGUUGUGGUCAUACUUUCUUAUUUAACUGGUACAGGACAGUAUUUAAUUUAAUUAUUUGUAUAUUAUUUAAUUACUACUAUUUCCUGUAAUGUUUCCUUUUUAUUGGACUUCGUGUAUGUGUUCUUCCUUAUAAUUUUUUUUACCUUUUUUGUUUUGUGGGUGGCUGUGGUAUCUUUUUUUUUUCCCUGGUCGUGUACUGCAUAAUUUAUUUCUCUGCUUUUGGAUGUAGUUGUCCAGUUUUGUUGUCUUACAUUGAACCUCUGUUAAGGGAACAUGCUCUUGAAAAUGCCCAAAAAUUUGAAAAAAAAAAUUAUUGGCCUAUAGAAAAGAGCAUUUCAUGCUGAUUUUAAAAAUGUGUAGUUUAUGGGCAGUAUAAUUUUCUGUUGUUCUGAAAUUGAGGUUGAAUGUAAGAUUGCACAGGGGCCACGCCCAUCUGGCAGUUUAAAGUGCAUCAGAAUACGUGAUGCAUUAUUUUUUUCUUUCAUUUUUUUCUGUCAUUAGUUACGGAUCAUUAACACAGGUGUAUUCUAGAGGGCACUGACUCCCGGAACCAAAGUACAGGCAUAUCUAGAAGGCUAUGGUUCGAAUGUAAACAAAGAUCUGAGAAUAUAUGAUUUUGGAAUUUCA